AUGACCAUCUCUAUCUCCCAAGCGCUGCUUCUAGCCAUAGGCCUUGCGACUUCGGCACUAUCGACAGCCGUCAACCCCCAAGCAGCGAACGAAAGGAAUGUCGCACUGCGUAACUGCGUCGCGUUCUAUCGUGUCGCUUCGGGUGAUGACUGUAUCCACAUCCAGCAAUCUCAUCCUGAUACAUUCACUAUGGAGGAACUGUAUCAGUGGAAUCCGAUGAUUAACAAAGACUGCACAAACUUGCAAGUGGGCUAUCCUAUUUGUAUCCGGAAGCUGAGGAAAGAUUGUCCUAGUGGUGCUUGA